AUGGCUCCUUCUGCCAUCUCCAACUCGCCGCCAUCAAGGCCGGCGGAACUCGCCACGUCGAAUGAUACAACCUUUGCCAUCCAGCCUCCUGCAAACUUCGUUGGGUACGACCACGUAACAUGGUGGGUUGGCAACGCAAAACAGGCCGCCUCGUACUACACAUCCCUCUUCGACUUCAAGCACGUUGCCUACCGCGGCCUUGAGACGGGGAGCCGGUACUUUACCUCAUACGUUAUUGCAAACAAUGAUGUCCGCUUCGUUUUCACCUCGCCCAUCCGCUCGGCCGUGCACUUGCCCGCGGACGAGCCCAUCUCGGAGUCGGAUCUUGUGUUGCUGAAGGAGAUGCACGCGCAUCUGGAGAAGCACGGUGAUGCUGUCAGGGACGUCGCUUUCGAGGUGGACAAUGUGGAAGCCGUAUACAACACUGCUGUGGAAGCAGGCGCCAAAGCUGUCCAGCCCCCGCAAGUACACAAGGACGCGGACCAUGGGUCCGUGACCACCGCUUCCAUCUGCACAUACGGCGACACCACACACACUCUCAUCGCCCGCAACUCGUAUACAGGACCUUUCCUGCCUGGCUUCAGAGAGGGAAAGAAGGUUCAGUCCUCUAUCAGCAUGCCGGAAGUACCCCUUCGUCGUGUGGAUCACUGUGUCGGCAACCAGUCCUGGAACGAGAUGGUGUCCGCGUGUGCCUUCUAUGAGAAAUGUCUCUCCUUCCACCGCUUCUGGUCCGUCGACGACUCUCAGAUCUCCACUGAAUUCUCAGCACUGAACUCGAUCGUAAUGGCGAGCCCCAACAACCUCGUCAAGAUGCCCAUCAACGAGCCCGCACCUGGCAAGAAGAAGUCCCAGAUCGAGGAGUACGUCACAUUCAACUCGGGGCCCGGCGUCCAGCACAUUGCCCUCCUCACCAAGGAUAUCAUCACGUCGGUCUCUGCGCUGCGCGCUCGCGGCGUGGAAUUCAUCAACGUCCCGCCGACCUACUAUGACACCAUGCGUCACCGCCUCAAGACUGAGAAGCGCAACUGGGAGCUGAUGGAGGACUUUGAGACCAUUCAGAAACUCAACAUCCUCAUUGACUACGACGAGGGCGGUUACCUGCUACAGCUGUUCACCAAGCCUUUGAUGGAUAGGCCUACGGUCUUCAUUGAGAUUAUUCAGCGAAACGACUUUGAGGGUUUCGGCGCAGGGAACUUCAAGAGCCUGUUCGAAGCGAUUGAGCGUGAACAGGCUGAGCGUGGUAACUUGUAA